UAAUUGGUUAUUCUGUGUAAGCAGUAAUUUGAAAUGCAAUCAAUGAAAAUGAUCUUAUAACUCAAAGUAAGCUUUAAUUGACGAGUUUGUAUCCCUAUACACCUGGCAUUUUGCAUUUUUAAUUUUUUUUUUCAAUUUUUUUUUUUUUUUUUACAUAUGUCAGGUAAAUCCAGUCAAAGUAAGCGUUUUGCAGCAGUAUUUUCUUGCAGAAUUUUCAGCAGAUUUUAUUUUGAAGGCAUUUUGUUGUGCAAAGUCGAUUCAAUUCGGGCUGUCGUGCAGUGUAAUUUGAAAGAUACCAAAGACAAAAAUGAAGUUCGAUGCGAACUUGUGACCUUCAGAAAACCAGCAAUCUACUAACUGUGCUCUCCAUCCAUAGAUAUCAGUGGUAAUAUUUGUCGGUAUUUUUCCAGAUUUCUUGAUUUUUACAGAAUACUUUUGAAAUCUGGAAUUCCUGUGGUUUUUUUACGAUAAAGAUGUAUUGUGAAGAAGAAACUAUUAGGUUAAGAAUUAGAAAAAGAUCAGCAUUAACAUUACGGGAACUUAGCAUGACAAAAUAAAAGGUCUAAGAAAUCAAGACUACAACCAAAUAACCUAUAGAAACGACUACUAUAAUGAAUGGUAUGAGGUGCUUAAUGUUGGCAGUAUAGACAGGUUUAUAAGAUGAGACGGCAGCACAUAUUCCAGGUUUGCACCCCUCUAAAUGUGAAGAUCUCCCAGAUUCUGAUUUGGGCUGAGGAGGUACAAUCGUGUUUCCAGAUGUGUUAGAUCAUACACCGCGGGAAUGUUGAUCAGAUACAGUCGAAUCCUGAUAAGAAGAGCACUGUUAUUACAAGAUCCUGCUUAUAACAAGCACAAUUUUUAGUCCCCAAUUCUUUGUUUUUCUUUGUUUUUCUUUGUUUUUCUUUGUUUUCCAUUACUGAUAAGACAAGGUCCCUGUUAUAACAAGGUAAUUCGUAAAGUCCCAAGGAUCUUGUUAUAAAGGUCGACUGUACUUUGAUAUUAACAUUUACAUGUAAACAUUUAUACAGGGUGAUAUUUGCAUGAGAGCUUCGUCGAUAAUCUAAUGUUUUCCUGCCAAGCAACUGAAAGACAUGAUACGUUAGUUGAAUGAAAUUAGGUGUUUUGCCCUUCACCCACGUAUAAACACUGUAUACUCAGUGUGUUACCCCCGAGUGAAAGUUGGAAAAAAUCACUCGGGUGGGACUCGAACCCACGACCUCCUGCUUCAACAUUGUUUGACGUAAACCAACGAAAAAUCAUGCAUGAUUGGAUGGAUAAUUUCAAUGCAACAUUUGUGGGUUUUUUUUUUCAAUUUCAUUUUGACUUGAACUUUGUCACGAAGAAAUGUGGGAUAAAUCAGUAAACCACAAACCCGGAAAAUCUGAAAUUGCAGGUUUGAACCCAAAAUUGAAUUGUGUUUGUCUUUUGCAUGCAGUGUUUUACGUUCAAGACAAAUUCAAACAGUCCACUUUAAUACUUAUUUAUCAAUCAAGAAUGGAACUGUGUUAUGCAACUAAAAUUCAAUAGGCCUAUAUUGAAUUAUUAAAAACUUGUCUUUUGUUCCAUUUAGAAAACUAUUGAUUAUAAAGCCGUGACUUUUAAACUCAGUAGUUGUAUCUUAUUUUUUUUUUGCAUAAGAAGCGCAGUAAAGUUGCUUUGAACGUGCUUUUCUUUUAGAAUUUUUCGUUAUUAAUUAGAAUUUUUGUAUUCCUUUUUUCUAGCAAUAUAAAAAGUUAAUAACUGUUAUAUUGCUAAUUAUUCACGACUGUUUCAGAAGAUUGUAGACAACCAAAUGGAAAAAAGUGGGGUUUUUGGCGGUUAAUUAAAACAUACCAAUUGACAAUUCGUCAGGAGGCCUAGGGAAAAAUGGAGUUAGUUGAACUGAAUGGCAAUCUCGCGUUUGAUUAAGAUUAGACUUAUUUUUCAAGUUGCCACGUCACCUCUCAAUUGGAUUUUUGUUUUUACGUCGAGCGCAUUAAUGUUGGGGUUGAUGAAUUUGACGGAACUAUGCGCUUGAUGUGAGGAUACACGCGUGCAGAGGUUUAUCAGACACAAAAAAAGCUCGUUCGGGAAUAUAGAAGAGUCGGAUUUGGUGUAAAUGUUUCCUCAAUAUUUUCCCGGUAUGUCUGAUGUGUAGUAAAAGGUGACCGUGAAACCUGUUGCAGAAAAUACUGAAUAUGUACUAUUACCUGAAUGCGGAACUAUUGUAGUACUUUAAUGAAGCUUACCGAUUUGUGACGAGAGAACAAUAUCAGCCUUUGUAUGGUACUUUUUUUUGGGGGGGGGGCCAAAAUCCUGUUCAGAAAUUUGAAUAUCAAUGGAAGGGGAAGUCCCUUAAGCUCCCCUGUAUCUUUACGUGUAUGGAGGCCAAGAAAUGCCACAAUGUAUAAUGGAUAAAUGUAUUUUUUUUAAAAACAAACCAGGGUGGACUAUCUUCAGUAUACCUUUAAAACAGAAUACGCAGUUCGCUUACUAAUUGCACGAUGUUAAAAGUUUUAUGAUGCUUCUACUGGAAAAAUACUGUACGGUCAAAGUUACCAACGAAAGCAUUUCUGAAAUCGCGUUUAAACAUAAGCCCAAUAUCGAUCAUCAAAACAGAAGUGCCGUGUUACCAAAAACUAUAUGUGCUGAAUUCAUGCGUAGAAGUGGGUUACAGAAGAAUUCUGGGAAAAUCGUAUAAAAGUUUAACUGUUUGCCAGACAGUUCGGUGUAUGACUAACUGUCGUUUAGAAAUACUGCCACAAUAGCAAGGGCAUUCUGCAGGUUCAAUCAGAACAUUCGCACACUCCUAUGAAUGUAUUAUGGGCCACACUGUACAACUUCCAAGAGUGAACGUUUCUUUUAUGCUAACUGGUGGCCUUUAUGGAGUCCCAUCAUUUCAAUAUCAAGUUCACUGAGCUUUAACAAAACCUGCGAUUUCAAUACAAAAUUGGUAGGAAAUCUAUUGCGUAGUUCGGAAAAACUAUAGCAUAUAGGCCUAGUCUCGUUCCACCUUGUGUGGUUUAUUUCCGCCUUUACCAGACGGCGCAUUACAUUUUGCAUCACUCCUCAGAAUCUGGGCACUAUCUCAUCUUCAUUUUUGGUUACGGAGAACGAGGAAGGAUUGAUAUGGUGAUGGCUUUGCUCGCUUUCCUUUUCUGUAUCGGGAUUUCCUUCAGAAUCUCCCAAUCAUCUACCUGUCGUCAUGCGCAGUGUGAUUACGACCACGUGACUGCAAGGGCCGACUGCUCCUCCCGUAAUCUGACAUGUAUCCCCGUCAACUACCCAGACUCCCUCAUCAUGGAUCUCAGCCACAACGCCAUAUCGAUGCUAGAACCAGGCGACUUCAACGGGAAAUUUACGAGGUUGGUUGAGCUAUACCUUGACAACAACGCCAUAUCUGAUGUGACGCCAUUGCUGCAGUCAACCGGGUUGGGGAGCCUGAAGAAGUUAUCGGUACAGCGUAAUGUCGUUUCUAACUUGCCUUCUUCUUGCUCGCUUAGUUCUCUCGAAGAGAUGUCACUGGACUACAACUCACUCAGUUACUUGGACCAUUUUCCUUCUUGUCGCAGUUUAAAGAGAUUUUCAGCUGAUUCAAAUGAAAUACAAAGUGUUGUAGUUCAUACCCUUUCCAACAUCCCCUCAUUUAUCAGCAUGCGAUUCAACAGGAUAUGGGAUUUCGACAUACUUGGGCAAAUUUCUGGCACCAAUUUGACCGUUUUACUAGAUAACAACGCAAUCACACAUGGGAGCCUCAGGUAUUUUGGUUCUUAUUAUCAAGGCCUACUCUCUCUUAGUCAUAACAGACUCCAAAAUUUUUACGCAGACAUUCCUUCCAGGCUCAUCAUAGCCAGCAAUGGAUUACACGAAUUGGGUGGAUGGAAUUUCUAUAAGAGAGGAGAAGCCUUAUUGGAGGAGUUAGACAUCAGGAACAAUUUGUUUGAUUCAUUAGUACAGCCAGAUUGGGCAGAAGGUCUUCAGAUCUUAUACGCUGAUGAUAAUAUAUUGGCCAACCUGUCCUCUACAACCCUACAAGGAUUUGUCAACCUGACGGAGCUCCAUCUAGCAAAUAAUCGACUCUUGUUCAUCUCAUCAACCGCUCUGAGUCAACUCACUAUGCUACGGUAUCUGUAUCUCGAUGGCAACGCCCUGACGUCAUUGUUGGGUGGCAUAUUCCUCAACCAAGCUGACCUAGUAGAGCUUUCCAUCACAAACAACCAACUCUCCGAGUUACAUCCGGACCACUUCCUCGGUCUGGACUCGCUGGAACGUCUGUAUCUCGCCGAAAAUCGACUGGUUUACGUCCACUCGGAGAUGUUUCGGCAGAUGCCUGGCCUUACUACGAUUGAUUUCUCUUCAAACAAACUUGAAGUCUUUGAUAUCGGAAAUUGUAUCCUCGGCAACUUGGCAAAGCUCCUGCUUGCUCACAAUUCAAUCUCUAACAUCAGCUUGAUACUUGGUCAUUGUGAUAACUUGGAAUUCCUGAACUUAAGUUUCAACCAGAUCGAAGUAAUUCCUGGUGACUCUCUUACUGGUGGAAACAGAGAGCUAUCCAGACUUGAGCUUGAAGGCAACCCGCUUCAGUGUGACUGCCGGUUGAUGGGUCUACGUGACUGGCUUCGCAACAAUCACCCAGCUGUUCUCCCUCGAUGUCAAGGUCCAUCGCAGAACUCAGGAGCAGUGGUAAUCGACUUGGACAUUCAUGAUUUCAUCUGCAAUCCUCCGAAGGCCAUGACUAACGUGAACCAUCUUAACCUGAUAAUUGGUCAGACAGCGACUCUUUCGUGCGAAGCGACCGGUAUACCAAUCCCCAACGUAAUGUGGCUUGAUCCCAACGGCACGGUGAUACCAGACGAAUGGCAAGGCAGAUUUAUCAUUUCAAGCGACAUGACUUUGCUCGUCAUUUCAGUCGAGCUAUCUGAUCAAGGAAUGUACACGUGUUUGGCCCAAAAUGUCUUGGGUGAAAUGGACAGCGCUGUGGUCAAUCUGACUGUUACAGACUUGAAAUCGAGAGUGACGCCAACAAUCUCUUUGGCUACUGUUGUUCUCCCCGCCGUAUUCAUCACCAUCGUUUUUAUGCUCAUUGUCUUCGUCUUGGUAAUUUGCCUUCGACGGCGCUACAAGAAGAGACACAACAAGACUAGCUCUGCAUCUCCUGGACCGCAGAAUUCUGAGCUUGCUGUAACCUUCCACCAAGGAAAGGCAUCCAACUCAGACGGAGUCUACGUCAAUGAAGUCGCUGAUCAGGAGUGCUCAACUGCAAUACAAAGAGCAGGCAGCAACGAUGGAUAUCAGGAUACCAUACAGACAGACGAGCCUCCACAAGUCUACCAAGAGCUCACACCGGGGAACAACGAUGACGUGUAUGAACCUGUAGGAGGCAAUCAGUCAUAAAUGCUCCCCCAAAUAAAAGAGAAUAGAACUGGAAUUGUGGUCCUAUCAUUUAGGAAAUUCAUAAUGUGGAACUCUCACAAUCUUUAAUUGGAGUUUGUAUGUAUACACUUAAAACUGUAGCGGUCCGGUUGCCCUCUCGACUCUUCCAGGUUAUUGCUGCUGGAUGAUUGCUAGGGAAAUUUAAGUCCGAGAACCAGUCCGUUCGCAAUUGACGCAUGCGCAUUAUCGUAACUGACUAUGCACGGUGGUAAUAGAGUUAGUCCACAUCAAAACUACUUGGCCACGACUGGAAAUAAUACACGAUCUAUAAAGUGGCUGCAGAUUGUAAUUUUGUAAUUUCCAACCUUAGUCAAGUAAUUCGGACGCGGCCAUAUACUUUAAAUAAUUAUACCUCAUUUGUUUGUGGCAGAAAAAAAGGUAAAUCAGGACCACCGACGCAGGCACUCCCUUGGUCACACUGGUAUUGGCACUUACCUAAUGUUUCGUAACACUACAUAAUUUUUACAUACAUUUUUUUCGUAUUAAUUGUAUAGAAGUUUCUUUCUCCAAUUGGACACAGUGUAUAUGUUGUUUAAUUAACAAGCUAAUGUAAGUUUAUAUGGUAAGCGAACAAAGAGGGAUUGUGGACUUGUACAUUUGUAAUGCCAACGCAAUUGUAGCGGUUUGUUUUAACGUCGUAGACCAUAGCGUCUCAUCCACAGAUGAACCUCAUUAUUACGUGUUGUGUAUGGUGGUGUGACAGAAAACAGAUAAAUCUGUUAUAACUGUCUAUCCGAUGUGCUUUACUGUUUUUGCUCCUUAAUUAAUUGAGAACGCAAGCAUGCAUGGGCCUUGUUAUUUUGCUUCCGAUACUGCUACUUUACUGCUUCUUCAGUUUAGUUUAGGUUGGUUUGACGUUUUAUAGUUUUAGCAGAAAUUCCACUUCUUUUCUGCUCAAUUCAAAUACAUGUAUUGCCACGUUGAGGCCUUAACGUUAAGGUCGUUGCAUGAUCUUUCUCAAAGGAAAAUUAAAGAUCUCCUGCUAGAGAGACCCUGCUCAGGAUCGAAACUUUAGGCCCUCGAACAUUUUGUUGGAUGGUAUAUUUCAGAUCAAUUUAUAGUAAGCUGUUUAGCAGUUAUACAGGGUGUCCCCCCAAAAAAAUCCCUCUCUAGGAUGUACAGAAUCGUGAAGAAAAUUUCAAAUUCAAUUAUAGAAUUGAUGAGCCCAAACAUUUUCUUUAUAGUGUGAAGAUUUUGUUGGAUUCGUUUAAGUGGUUUUUGGUUUUAUCAUAGUUCAUACAUUUACCUGUUGCAGUUAUCAUGAAAUCUUUGCUUUAGGAAUUAAAAUAAACAAUUUACAUAUUACUGAUGUUCACAAAUGUUAUGCCGGUUUCCAGCUAGUGUUCCAUUUCGUUUAUAUCGCUAUGCAAACUGUAGGCCGAUAUUUCUGCUCUUAAAGUACAACUUAUUAAAAAGCAUUUAUAUAUAGCAAAUAAACAAUGCUAAGAUUAUUUUUUUAUACAAUAUAGGCUAGCCUGUUUAAAUUGAUUGUAAUAUGGUUUAUCAUUUAAAUAGAUCUUAGUGAAACGCAUGUAAAACAUAUAUUAUUGAAUUGUUUUACUUUAAAUACAUUUCAUUGCAUACAAAUGUGAAUGCGAGCAGUUUUCAUCUACUGGUGUAUUUUCGACCCCACUAUAGCAAAAACUUCUGUGCCUGUAUAAAUUAAUCAAUGGUCGUUAAUCAA